CAAUAUAAAAAUGGAGAAAUUUAAAAAUCUACUUUAGUGCCAGAAAACAAAACAUUCUUGAAGAGUGCUCUACAUUUUGAGAUAUGCCAAACUUAAUCAAACCACAUCUGUAGUUUGACUACCUUGUGUGCUGCAGGAUCGAAUCCCUUCCACUCUCAUCCUAAAUCGUAUGUUAUUCUAACCAUAAUCUCUGGAUGUAGCUUUGUGUAUUUGAAAAAACACAUAGAGGGCUCUCAAAAAACAAAAAAUGGCCACGAAUCUUGUUGAAAAACUCGUGGAGUUUCACGGUGUGUGGUUGGUUGGCCACAACAUCAACGAUCAACUUCUGAGCAAGAUAGGCAACGAGUGCGUCGGCAAGCCGGCAAUGUCCUGCAAACUCACUCUCACGACUUCCGGUCUUUCCCUCGACAAGGUUCCAAUCGACGAGAAGAAAAAGAGAAAAACUCAUGAGGUUUCUUUCAGCCAGUUGCGUGAGAUCUGCUUCAGUAGUCACCAACCACGGUGCUUGAUCGUGAUCUACAAGGACGAGAAAGCAGCACUUAGCAUCAUGGCAUGUACGUGUUCUGAAGGCGACGUUCAGGCCAUAGUGCGAACAUACCAGGAACAGAAGAAACGUAUUCAGAGUAACAGACCGGCUUCCGUUUUAAGAACCGGAAGUCUGAAAUUAAACACUCCCACCCACAGCGCCACUCCCGGUAGUUAUGCGCGGACAUUCAGUUUUUCGUCGAGUACUCGCCCCUAUCAGAACGGAUAUUCUCCUAAGAAUAACAUUGAGGGGAGUAGGCGUCAUUUCUCUGACGGAAGUGACGUCAUUGACGGGGAUGUGUUUACCGCUCCGCAGGAGGCGCAGGUAGUCAGGGAACCUGCGGCAGGGCACGGGUCUUCAACGGCUUUCAAUGUUGGCGUGCAGACCGCGAUCAACGACGCCGAUUGGGACAACGAGUCCAACAUCUCCUCCUCCUCCUCCCUCCAGACCCUCCGUGACGACAUCCACUCCCUCUCGGAGGAGAUGCACGCCAUCAAAUUUCUCCUGGAGAAAACAACAGGCAUCAGCGCGGAGGAAUACUACAGGCGGCGUGAUGUGCCGGGCAGCAGGCCUACCGUCACCUUCCAGCAUCCCCCCACAGUUCACCCACACCACAACUCCCAACCACCACACCACGACCACGACGCCAGUGGUGCUGUUGGUUACAGCGAAGUACCAGCGGCGUCUGCAAACGGAAAGGCAGACGACGAUUACGACUUAAGAAGCAUCAGUGCCCAGACGGAGAAGAAGGGGGCGGGGCUGCGGUACACGAAGAAACCAAUCCCAGCCAGCACCAGUAACGCCUACAAGGAGAGAGUUGCCGCCCUCAGAACUAAGAGCGUCGAGAACGGAAACGGAAGUGUUCCUAGUCCCGAAGCGACGCAGCCGGCAGUUUACAAUAACGGGUUUCGUCCCCGCUCAUCCAGUGCCAGCAGGACGGUGGUGUCGAGGCCCAUACACGAGGUGUACGGUGCCAGGGUGCAGCAGGGGGGGAGCCAGAGGAAGAAGGUGGUGUUCCUGGCAGCCCCGCAUCGCUAGCAGGUAGCAGUGACAGGUGGUAGCAUUGACAGGUGGUAGCGAGUAGCAGUGGCAGGCGAGGCUAUAGCUGGGAGCAGUGGUAGCAGAUACAAGCGAUACAAGGUUGCAGUGAAAACUAUAUCAAGUGGCAGUGAGUAGCCAUAUCAGGCUGCAGCUAAAGGCUACAUUACUUUGCUGUGAAUAGCUACAUGAGGCUACAACGAAAGGGCACAUCAGGCUGAUAAAAAGGCUACAACAGGCCUCAAUAAAAGACUACAUCAGGCUACAAUCAAAUGCUACAUCAGGCUACAAUAAAAGGCUACAUCAUUUUACAAUAAAAGGCUACAUCACGCUAUAAUAAAAGGCUACAUCAGGUUACAAUAAAAGGCUACAUCAGGUUACAAUAAAAGGCUACAUCAGUUGGCCGUGAAAAGGCUACACGAGGCUUCAAUAAAGGCUAUAUCAGGCUACAAUAAAUAGGCUACAUCGGGUGGCAGUCAAAGGCUAACGAAGAAGAGGUUAUAGCCUUACCCUGUGAUCUUGACACUUCAAGCAGGCAGAGAACAGGGUCACUUUUUGCAGCCUCGAAACGACAGCCUGAUAUUGUAGACUUGGCACUGCACGCAUGAACUGAAAGCGAUCACUGUAUUCUAUCGAGGUAGUGACACACAACUACUUUCUUCCCGGGACUCGCUAGAAACUAAUUCUUCUACUCAGCCAAAACCUAUCUCUAUAUCCGGUGUUAAAUUCUCAAACAUUGAAAAAUAUUGACCAGGAACAACUUCAGUUUUGAGUUUAUUUCAACCUGGAUUUAAAUAUCGUAGGAAUUCCACAAAUAACGUGUUUUAUUAUAAUGUAAUUUCAAAUAUAGAGAAGCUGUUUGACAAAAAUACUUUUGCUAUGCUACCAAAGUAGGCCCAGCUUGUCAGGAGAUUCUGAAUCGCAGAGGAAGAAGAAAUACUGUAAGAGGUGUGUGAAAGCAGGUAGAAACAUAUGUAGAUGUAUGUGGCAGAUAAAUGCACUUCGUAAAAACAGAAAACAGACGGUACAGUUAAGAACAGACGAAUAUAGAUUCAUGAAAAACAUGGAACUAUUUUGUCGAAACAAAAACAACAGCAAAAUACAGCAAAAAAUAAAUACAAUUACGUUUUUAAUUUAUCUUAAACUAACAGCAGAAACUAACAAAUAUUAUUUAUAUUCUAUCUUUAAGAUCCUGUCUUUGACUAAAUAACAAAUCAGUUUUAACACCAACUUAUGUUAUAUACCUAAUCAUGCUUUGAAUGAAAACUAUGUUAAUUAUAUGACCCAGUGGCUAAUCUAGGACAAUAGAUUUGGGCCCUAAACAGUGUAUCUACAUGAGCCUUCACACUUCACAUCUCGUUUAUAUAAGUUGUGUUCUAUUUCAAUAGCAAUAUAAACAAAAAGUGAUGUUUCAACGCCAGGGGUAGACAGA